GAGAUGGGGCGGAGCCUCGCCUGGAGCUCUGGCCUCGGAGCAAUUCUCCUAAAUUGGGAAGUCUCGGGGAUCUUUUCGGGUGGCAGGGGCGGGGGCUGGGAGCGGCUCCAUCUGCGCUUGCGCCAGGGUCCGGGACAGGGCGUGUUUACUCUUUUUGGCUGCCGGAACCCCCUAGCUCCCGGCUGAUCCGUGCAGGUUACUCUGAAGCUGCUUCUGUUCACCACAACCAUGUCCAAGUCUUUGAAGAAGCUGGUGGAGGAGAGUCGGGAGAAGAACCAGCCCGAGGUGGACAUGUGUGACCGCGGCAUCUCCAACAUGCUGGACGUCCAUGGCUUGUUUACUUUAUCCCACAUUACACAACUGGUUCUCAGCCACAACAAGCUAACAACUGUGCCUCCAAACGUGGCAGAACUGAAGAAUCUGGAAGUACUGAACUUUUUCAAUAACCAGAUUGAAGAGCUGCCCACGCAGAUCAGCAGCCUCCAGAAACUCAAACACCUGAACCUUGGUAUGAACAGGCUAAAUACUUUGCCCCGAGGAUUUGGCUCCUUACCAGCCCUGGAGGUCCUUGACUUGACUUAUAACAACUUGAAUGAAAAUUCUCUUCCUGGAAACUUCUUCUACCUUACCACCCUGCGUGCACUUUAUCUAAGUGACAACGAUUUUGAAAUCCUGCCGCCAGAUAUUGGGAAGCUCACAAAGUUGCAGAUACUCAGCCUUAGGGAUAAUGACCUGAUAUCACUGCCAAAAGAAACUGGAGAACUUACGCAACUGAAAGAACUACACAUCCAAGGGAACCGCCUGACUGUCCUUCCCCCUGAGCUUGGAAACUUGGAUUUAACAGGUCAGAAGCAGGUCUUCAAAGCAGAAAAUAAUCCCUGGGUUACGCCAAUUGCUGACCAGUUCCAGCUUGGAGUGUCUCAUGUCUUUGAAUACAUCCGUUCUGAAACAUACAAGUACCUCUAUGGCAGACACAUGCAGGCAAACCCAGAGCCUCCAAAGAAGAAUAAUGACAAAUCAAAGAAGAUCAGCCGGAAACCCCUGACAGCCAAGAACAAAUAAGGAUUUAGCAUGGUUUCUCUCUCUCUCUGUCUCUUUGCCCCUGACCACCUCCCUCCCCUCCCCCCUCUCUCCAGCAGGCACUUCAUGCAUUCUGUUUCUGGAUCUCUAACCUCUACCCUCAUCUCCCUUUUAGUCCUUUAGGAGGGAUGCUGGAUUUUUGCAGAUACCUGUUUCUGUGUGUCUUAUUAGAGGUGCCAAAUAAAGGAAGCCAAGAUCUGUUUUCAUUGCAAAUUCCAAAGAAGGCUCAGCUUUUAAGUCCUUGAAUAAGAAUCAUGAAGUUCCAUAUUAUCAAGAAAAAUUAAAACCAUGUAACCAUUUACUAUAACUUAACACUGCUCAUUCUUCUCUUUCUAUGUACCUAUGUACAUUAACACGUGUAUGAUGACUUUUAUUCUAAGUCACACACACACAUAUAUAUAUAUAUAUAUCCCUCUUGUGCUUUAGUCUGUGGCCUUGUACUACCAAGACAUUAUGUUCAUUUUACUUAUAAAUGAUUUUAAUAAAAUCUUUUAUUUGUAUCA